AUGAACUUCACGCAGUACUAUAACUUCCAGUACUAUAGCUUCCAGUACUAUAGCUUCCGGUACUAUAGCUUCCAGUACUAUAGCUUCCAGUACUAUAGCUUCCGGUACUAUAGCUUCCAGUACUAUAGCUUCCAGUACUAUAGCUUCCGGUACUAUAGCUUCCAGUACUAUAGCUUCCAGUACUAUAGCUUCCAGUACUAUAGCUUCCAGUACUAUAGCUUCCGGUACUAUAGCUUCCAGUACUAUAGCUUCCAGUACUAUAGCUUCCGGUACUAUAGCUUCCAGUACUAUAGCUUACAGUACUAUAGCUUCCAGUACUAUAGCUUCCAGUACUAUAGCUUACAGUACUAUAGCUUCCAGUACUAUAGCUUCCAGUACUAUAGCUUCCGGUACUAUAGCUUCCAGUACUAUAGCUUACAGUACUAUAGCUUCCAGUACUAUAGCUUCCAGUACUAUAGCUUCCGGUACUAUAGCUUCCAGUACUAUAGCUUCCAGUACUAUAGCUUCCAGUACUAUAGCUUACAGUACUAUAACUUCCAGUACUAUAGCUUCCAGUACUAUAGCUUCCAGUACUAUAGCUUCCAGUACUAUAGCUUACAGUACUAUAGCUUCCAGUACUAUAGCUUACAGUACUAUAACUUCCAGUACUAUAGCUUCCAGUACUAUAGCUUCCAGUACCAUAGCUUCCAGUACUAUAGCUUUCAGUAG